CUUGUAUCUUGAGCAACGGCACCUUUGAUGUGUCUGUUCCCUCGGUUCACCGACCACUACUAUUCGAACACGACUCCCACAUGAUGACUAUGUCGCCUGCCCAGCUCGCCCUCAAGAACGCCUUCAAUUCUGACCGAUGUGCGGUAGGCACCUGGGUCAUGUUCUCGUCCGCUUGGAACGCUAGGAUCGUCGCGUCCACCGGAUGGGAUUGGAUCGUGGUCGAUUGCGAACAUGGCAAUAUAGGAGAUUCUGACAUGCACGACAGUGUCAAUGCCAUCGCCUCGUGCGGUGUCUCGCCUAUCGUACGGAUCCGGGGGAACGAUCCAACGCUCAUCAAGCGAGCACUCGACUGCGGAUCCCACGGGAUCAUGGUUCCCAUGGUUAACACGGCCGCCCAGGCCCGAACCGCGGUAGCUGCCUCGAGGUUUCCACCUCUCGGAGAGAGAGGACAAGGGUCUCCGUUCUCUGGAAUGGCUUGGGGCUUGACUACUCCAGAGUACCUCGUACAGGCCAACGAGGGGGUGCUGGUGAUCAUUCAGAUUGAAACGCUGGAAGGUGUCGAUAACGUGGAGGAAAUUUGCGCUGUUCCUGGUGUCGACGCCAUCUUUAUCGGACCCAACGAUCUCGCCUUGUCGAUGCUGGGUUAUGCGCCCGCCCACUACACCGAGGAACCCUACCUCGCCGCCAUCGAGAAAGUCAGGCAAGCAGGCAAGGUCGCCGGAGUCAAGGUGGGGAUUUUGGCUCCCGAUGGGGUCAAGGGUAGAGCGUUUAGGGGACGCUUCGACAUGGUAGGAUGUGGCGGCGAUGUCAAAGCUAUGCAAGGCUGGAUGCAGAAGGCGAUGCGGGAUGUACUGUCGACCGAAGAGUAGACGGGAUCUUCUCUGCUUCAUGAUCGUAGAAGAAUGAAAGUAUG